CGCUCACCUAUUCGGCUGCUCUCCGUGCAACCGAAACUUCAAUACCCAGGGCGCUCUUGACAUGCAUAACAACGAUGUUCAUUCCCACAAAUGCAUGCGCUGCUCCGUUGGCUUCCGAACUCACGCCAUCCUCCAAGCUCAUCUCGAUUCCACUGGACACAGAUUCGGUGCUCCAAAUCGAAAUGAAAUCUCCACCACGAAUUCUGCACCUCAGCAGCAUGUUUCCCCGCCCUCACUCCCACGUUGUGAGCCCUGCAAAGCCACAUUCGACAACCAAGCUACCCUGGACGAGCACAACAAGGCGUUGCACAUCUUCAACUGCGAUGAGUGCCCUGCGACUUUCAAAACCCAAGCAGAACUACAGAGUCAUGUGGCCGAGGCCCACGCUUUCAAAUGCCCGAAAUGCAAUCUGAAGUUCAGAUCUGAGACCGGAAUGCAGCGACAUAUCGGAGAUACGCACAGCUUCGAGUGCAAGAAAUGCGCUUUGGUCCUUGGUAGCUUGGCUGCUCUUGGCGACCACACCACGGAUAGGUAUGAGUUCAAGUGCGAGAAAUGUCCAGCAAUUUUCAGGAGCCCUCGAGAGCUUGUCGAUCACCACCUUUCCGCACACAACUUCAAAUGAAAUAGAUGCGAACAUAUCCUGAGCAGUCCGGAUUCAUUGCAAAAGCAUCCCGCGGACGCCCACUCAUUCAAGUGCAGAGAGUGUGGUGGUAUCUUCGAAAGCCAAG